CGACUCCGCUCCCACACCCCAGCGCGCGCGCUCUCAUGCUCCACUACUCGAGAUUUCUGCUUUUCCGUGCUCCAGCGAACACGCGGAUUUCAACCCACGAACUUUGUCAAAGAAGCGUCCCAGGGCGCAGAGGAUGCUCCACGGUGGUGCAGCCGCAGCCGCAACUGUGUGUGAACGCGCACCGGUGAGCGCGUCCGGAGAAGGUGCGAAGUGAAGUUGUGAGUAUGAGAAAAAGAGAUCACAGCGGAUUUUCCCUGGGUUAGAGCCUUCUAGCAGAUCAGCCCCAGUUCUGAGCAUGGACAAUGGAUACUUUAAGUCUGUCCGUGAACGCCGUGUCCUACACUGAGGCCACUGAACUCACCACCUCUGAUGAUCCGUUCAAUGGACCCAUCAAAAACAUCGCGCCAUGGAACUUCACCAUCCUGGCCGUGCUCAUGUUUGUGGUCACGUCGCUGUCUUUGAGCGAGAAUUUCCUGGUUAUGUUUGUCACCUUUAAGUUUAAACAACUUAGACAACCCCUGAACUACAUCAUAGUCAACCUGGCCAUCGCAGACUUUCUGGUGUCCCUCACCGGUGGACUAAUAAGUUUCUUGACAAACGCCAGGGGUUAUUUCUUUCUUGGGAAGUGGGCUUGCGUCCUGGAGGGGUUCGCUGUCACUUUUUUCGGGAUCGUGGCCCUCUGGUCGCUGGCCGUCCUGUCCUUCGAGCGGUUCUUUGUGAUCUGCCGACCUCUGGGGAACAUCCGUUUACAAGCCAAGCACGCGGUCCUGGGUCUGCUGUUCGUCUGGACCUUCUCCUUCGUCUGGACCUUCCCUCCGGUACUGGGCUGGAACAGAUACACCAUAAGCAAGAUCGGAACCACCUGUGAACCCGACUGGUAUUCAACUAACAUCACCGAUCACAGCUACAUCAUCACCUUCUUCGCCACCUGCUUCAUUCUACCGCUUGGAGUGAUUUUCUUUUGCUACGGGAAGCUCCUGAGGAAGCUCAGAAAGGUUUCUCAUGGUCGACUGGCCACUGCGAGGAAGCCUGAGCGACAAGUGACCCGUAUGGUCGUGGUGAUGAUCGUGGCGUUCAUGGUGGGCUGGACUCCGUACGCCGCCUUCUCCAUACUGGUCACUGCUCAUCCAACCAUCGAGCUGGACCCCAGACUGGCCUCCAUCCCUGCCUUCUUUUCAAAGACAGCUGCUGUUUACAACCCAGUCAUCUACGUCUUCAUGAACAAACAGUUCAGGAAGUGUCUAAUCCAGCUCUUCACCGGCACCGGGACCAUCCCAGACAACUUGAACCAGACCUCAGAACGACCUGGAAUAACCGCCGAGAGUCAAACAGGCGAAAUGUCAGCCAUCGCGGCCCGCAUCCCCGUCGGCGGCACGGCGUCGCAGAAAUCCGACGACUCUCCGACCGACUGCGGCUCAUUCGCCCAGCUCCCCAUCCCAGAAAACAAAGUGUGUCCCAUGUAACAGUCAACCUCAUCCCAGUAGUUGCUCUUUCCAACCCCCCCCCACCACCCCCCCGUCUUGUGAGUCCUAUACAGCCCAUAUUAACCACUUGUAACGUAGAUGCUGUGUGUUUUAGAAAGAGCUCGGACUUCAACAGAGGCGUCGACGUCUCUGUAAAUACGUGGGGUUGAUGGAGAGAGUACAGUUUGAGGAGCCUUUUCAAUGGUUUCCGCUGACUAUGAUUCCAGCACAUUUGGAAAUUCGAUGCAAAAACGAGGCACAAAACUUGAAAAGCAAAGGUUUUGCUGCCCCAGAUGCAUUGGUAGUUUGAUAAAUAAUGGAUGAUGAUAGGUUUAAAAGGAAGAAAAAACUGUUUCAAGAGCUUUUGCCCUCUAGGUAUCAUGUAAAUAUCACCUUCACCUUUCCUGUUGCUGAAUAUCUUGGAUGUUAUCUUAACCAUCAGUGCACAUCAGUUUGUCACAUUAGAGGGCGCUUGAUUGGACUUGAUAGUGUUUGGCUUCACCUGUGAAAAAAAAACACACAGACUGAUAAAAACCCAAACCUUGACAUCAGUUAGUUGAGGGCUCGCCAGUGUUUUUUCCAAUACCAUAACGCAUCCUGGCUUUCAUCUCGUCCUUGCCUUCUCCUUUGAAGCCCUGUGAUGGCGCCUGCAGAGAAAGCGUUGUUUUUAGAUUCUGUUUCAGCGCUUUGCCUCGGCCCCCGAUUCUUCAUUCAACCCCACUCGUCAAGCGGACACAGCGGUUCUUCUGAAUUUGGAUACUUUUACUUUGGGUAAGCUAGUUUGGGUCAAAGCUUUCAUCUACAGCGAAGACGGUCAGUGGGACUUGGAGAUGCAAGGCUUCUGUUUUCUCUGCUGCGAAGUAAAAAAGGGGACAACAUAUUUAUGAAGUGCCAGCAGAGGAUCAACAAAUACACAAAUAUGCACACAAACAACAAAUGCACACACAUACAGAUACACACAACGAAUGCAGUUCACUUCCUGUAUCACUAUAAGCUCUCUAUCGGCACUGUGAAGAUGAUACAAUGCACCAAUAAAUAUUCUAGCACAAGAGUGGCUUAGCCAAGCAGCCAUGUACAAAAGCAAUGAGUAUCUCCAUCACAAGUACAGGUUAACAGCAAUAUUAAAGCUAAAUGCUGUCACAUGGAUGAACAUUUAAGCGUUAGCUACAGUAGAUGUAGCAGUGAGUGUUAAAAUGUCUUCUACUUGACUUUGUGGUGCAUGUUUGUUCACUAUUACUGGAUAUUUGUCGAAACACCGUUGUAUUCUCUAUGCUGCACAGUGAUUCACUAUGUUAAAAUAAGUGACAGUAUGGUGUCUCUUUGCC